GUUUCAUACGAACAACGUCAUACAUAGGCGAUGACGCACACGACAUAAUCGUGGCUCAGUAUUUUGAGAUGACUUCGACUGACAAUGAGCGUGAACUCGAGAGGACUGAUUGCAUGUGCUUCAACACAGACGCCAUUGUCAUUUUUGCUUUCACCUUCAUCCACAAUUCUUCCUGGUGAAUUACUCAUUUUCUCGAGAACAACUCCAUUCGCACAUCACGACCGCAAGUAAAACCAUCAAAGCGUCCGAACCACACCAACCACCACCUCAAACCAUCACACUCGACUACCUACCCUUACACAACAACCACAAUCAUGUCUUCCCAAGAUAAGAAACCCCUCCGCCAAAUCGCCGCCGAAAAGGUCAACGGCCCCAACGCCAAUCCCUCCCAACUAGGCGAUCCCAUCUCCCUCAAGGCCGAGACCAACCAGAAUCCUCCCGACAAUGUUGAAUAUGCCCCGGAAGGAGCCGAGGUCUCCCCUUCUUCUUCGUCCUCUUCUUCACGCUCCCCUUCCAACAAAUCACCAUCCGCAUCGCAUGGGAAUCGAACAAAGGCUUAUGGUGUGCCGAGGAAUGAUCCCACGGAUGCCAGUUCAGGUGGGGCAAGGACCGCUUCAGGAAAGAGAAUCCCUCUAGAGGGAGACCCGACGAGUUUAGAGCGGGAGCAGGUGGUUGAUGAUACGAAGGGGAAGGGAAGGGGGAGAAGGGGAAGUAAACUUUGAGUUAGCAUUGAGCGGGGAUGGCGAGGAGUGGUGAAGAUAUGAAAUGCAGUGGCGAUGGCUAGGUGGUGUGAUGCGGAUAGGACGCAGUGAACACAGAGAGCGAGCAUUGCUGCUUAGGGAAUUGGGACAACGCAUGCAACUGCAAGUUACUGUGGGAGUUAAUAAAUAGAUCAUUUGAUCAAUUCAAACAUCGAAUCAUCAAGCCCGCAUGGCUCAGUGGUAGAGCGCAUCACUAGUAAUGAUGAGGUCGUCAGUUCGAUUCUGGCUGUGGGCAAUUCGCCUC